AUGGAUUCAGGUGCGCCGAGUAGCCCAAGUGAGAAGACUGUGCUGAACGACUACUGCAUUCAUGCGUCAUCUGUACGGCUGCCAUUCCUGGCAGCCGGCUUAGUGAAUUCAGCCGUUUCGGUGUUACUCGCCCAAUUAUCCACACGAUUUUUUGAACUCGCCCUGCUAGAUGUUCAGCCCACCUUAUCUGGCACUGCUGACGCACGAGAAGAAGCCCCACAUUCCGUUUCCAGCCAGUCGACAGGCGAUGCCGAUGAAAUAGUGUUGACCAAACCAGAACCGGUGGAGUGUGUCACACAAACCGGACACCCCAAUGUAACUGCACAGGCAGUAAAUGCAACAAAUGCGGAAAUUCCAACAACAUCACCAGUUCAGUUGUUGCGUGUUAAAGAAGAAAUGGAUUGUGCUCUGUCUGCAUUUCUGACCAAUUCCACAUUGGAACCGCUACGGCUUCCGGGCCAACCAAUCAGUGGGAUUGGUGCAACAACAGCAACAACAACGGCCACUUCAGCGGGAACUUUUGACAUCACCAAUCCAAGUUUAACCACUCCGGCCACCUCACGAAUGACCACAGUGGAUUUUAUGCAUCGUUACUACUGCAAUCAUCCCGGUUGUGGGAAAGUAUUUUUCAGUCGAAGCAGUUUUGUACAUCACAAGGAAAGUCACGGUGUGGUCAAACCGUUUCGUUGUUCAUUUACCGGUUGUAAUAUGACUUUUGCCAAUCAGGCAUUGUUGUUGGCUCAUUUGUGCACACAUGAUCCAUCUAGAUUACGCAAUCAGUACGCGUGUAACUAUCCGGAAUGUGGAAAAGUAUUUAUCUGUCACGAUCGUCUCUUGGAACACAUCCGUAUCCAUACAGGUGAACGUCCGUACGUGUGUGACUAUCCCGGAUGUUCGUAUCGUUUUGCACGUCGUGGCAACCUGUUUGCACACAAACGUGUCCAUCUGGAUAAGACUCAGCGUCGUCAAUACCACUGUAUUCAACCCGGUUGUGGUAAGACAUUUUUGUACAUGCGCAGCUUGACAGAACACAUGAAUGUGCACAUGGGCGAGAGACCGUACGCGUGUGAUUUUCCCAAUUGUGGUAAACGAUUCACGAGCAAGAGCUAUUUGCAUGCACAUCGCCGCAUCCAUUUGCGUUCGCCCUCGACCAGUACUUACCAUUUGCCCCAAGAUAGUGGUUUCAACCUGACCCCCGUGCCGAUUACCGUAACUGUCCCCGUACCGCCAAAUUCUCAGCCAAACACUGUGACAUUCCCCCCGGCAAGCCAAUCGGACACUUUUGUCAUGUCUUAUCCGUGCUACCCGGAUCAUCCAAUGUGA